AUGUGCUACUACGGCAGCUACUAUGGAGGCCUGGGCUAUGGCUAUGGUGGCCUAGGCUGUGGCUAUGGCUGUGGCUAUGGUGGCUAUGGUAGCUAUGGUUAUGGCUGCUGUCGCCCACUGUGCUGUAGAAGGUACUGGUCCUGUGGCUUCUACUGA